GAAUUGUUUAAUAUAAAUUGAUAGCAUCAAAUUUAAAGUAGGUAAGUCCGUAAUACCUCAAGUCUAAUAAAAUUGUUACAAAACAAUGAGAUCGUAAUUUUUUUUUUAUGUUAUGUUUAAAGAGUUACUUUAUAAAUAUCAAUAAUUUAUGAUAUUUAUACUUGAUCGAGGCACUCGUGCAUGUCGUUUUUUACAGAUUAUAAUGGCUAAGUCACUAUUUAUAAUCUUAGUGAGUUUCAUAUUUUCAACGAACAUUUCAUUUGGUGAAGAUGCGUGCAGUAACUAUGAAGAUAAGGAUUGCGUUCAUCCAAAUAUAUUAAAAAAUGGUCAUUUCAUUAACCAAUGGUCGGUUUAUUUGCCUGGAAUGUCCAAGAACGAUGCCAGACAACUGUUGGAAGACGAGGGCUUUGACUAUUUAGGAAAGAUAAUGGACGCGGCCGACGUGCAUCUUGUGACAAAAAAAGGAACACACGAAAAACACGCCUUACCCAAUGAACGAAUAAUGGAAUUACUUAAGAAACACGAAAAAGUACAUUCAGUCACACAAAAGCACAUGGUUGGAAACUCACCGGACGAGGUGGCAAACAUAAUUGACGAGCAUGAUGUACAUUUUGAGUCUUUGGACCCCAACACGAUAGUCCUGCAUGACGGAAGGGACAACUUGGAAAGAAUAGCUGCCUUCGAAGCUGCCGAAGCUGCCGAAGCUGCCAAAGCUGCCGAAGCUGCCAAAGCUGCCGAAGCCGCAAAAGCUGCUGAAGCCGAAAAAGCCGCUAAAGCUGCAACAGCUGAUAAAACCAAACCUGCAGAAACUAACGAAACGAUUGAAACUGAUAGCGGAGACCAAGGCAAUCGCAAAAAGAAACAACGCCAGAAAAAACACGACGUCGUGUCUAGUUCAGAUAAUGAAAAUCCGUCUGAAUCAUCGGAUUAUGAAGAUUCACUGGAAUUAGAUUUGUCAAACGAAGAAUCAGCAGACAAGGAGGUGUCUGAUGAAGAGUUGUCGAGCGAAGAGACCGUGGACGAGGUGUCAUCGAGUGAAGAAUUGUCGAGCGAGGAGACCACGGACGAGGUGUCAUCGGGUAAAAAGAAAACAGAACUCGAUGAAUAAGAAUCUUCAAGACCAUUGAGUACAGCUAUAAUAAUUUAUUAAAAAGUUCAAACUUUUGGCUACUGCCCAAAUCUAAUGAAAAAAAUAUGUCAUUUAUAAUCUUUUAUCCUGAAAGUUCUAAUUAUACUUAUGAUUUUUAAUAAAUAUAAAUUUAAAAUUAUUUAAAUAUA